CGCCUCCUUAUCUCUCUCUCUCUCUCCUUCGGCUCAUUCGUCACUGUUCCACCGCCGGCUUCGCCAGUUGCCUGGCCGUGUCCGGCCACUCCCAGGAGGAGGAGGAGGACAAUGGCGGAUGCUUGGGCGGCGUCCCCUCCAUCUCCUACGGCUCCUUCGCCUUUCGCCGCGGACGACCUCGUCGACGCGCGGCUCGCGCCGUGGCCGCCGUUCGCUCCGUGGCCGGCGCCCGGGCAGCUCCACCACAACCGCCGCGGCGGCGGGCACCCGAACCCGCUCUUCACCAUCCUGCCGGCCUCGGCGCUGGCAAUAGGGGUCGUGCUGCUUGUCGCCGUGGUCGUCAUCCUGGUGAUGACGCGUCGGUGGAAGCCCGGGACGGUGGACGGCGCCGGCGGCGCCAGCUGCAACGGCGACAAGCCUGGCGGCGCCCCCGCGUCCAGCUGCGGCAGCAGCGUCCGCGGCUACAACAACUCCAGGUACUACGCCGCCGCCGCCGCCGGGUGCAUAUAUGGCGGAAGGCUGGGUUUCUCGGUGCAGCCGCGGAACCGCGGCGCGCAAGUGUUCACGUACCGGGAGCUGGAGAGCGCGACGGACGGGUUCAGCGAGUGCAACGUGGUGGGCCGCGGCGCGUACGGCGUGGUCUUCCGCGGCCGGCUCGGCGACGGCACCACGGCCGCCAUCAAGCGGCUCAAGAUGGACGGCCGGCGCGAGGGCGAGCGCGAGUUCCGCAUCGAGGUCGACCUGCUGAGCCGGAUGCACUCGCCGUACCUGGUGGGGUUGCUGGGCUACUGCGCCGACCAGAGCCACCGUCUGCUGGUGUUCGAGUUCAUGCCCAACGGCAGCCUCAAGAGCCACCUCCACCGGCGCGCGCUGGCGCCGGCGGAGCAGCCGCCGCCGCUGGACUGGCAGACGCGGCUGGGCAUCGCGCUGGACUGCGCCCGCGCGCUGGAGUUCCUCCACGAGCACAGCUCCCCCGCCGUGAUCCACCGCGACUUCAAGUGCAGCAACAUCCUCCUCGACCACAACUACCGCGCCCGCGUCUCCGACUUCGGCAUGGCCAAGCUCGGCUCCAACAAGGCCAAUGGCCAGGUCACCACCCGCGUCCUCGGCACCACCGGCUACCUCGCCCCAGAGUACGCGUCGACGGGGAAGCUGACGACAAAGUCGGACGUGUACAGCUACGGCGUCGUGCUCCUCGAGCUGCUCACUGGGCGGGUGCCCGUCGACACGAAGCGGCCGCCGGGACAGCACGUACUCGUCUCGUGGGCCCUUCCGCGGCUGACGAACCGCGAGAAGCUCGUGCAGAUGGUGGAUCCUGCCCUGAUAGGCCAGUUCUCCCUCAAAGAUCUGGUCCAGGUGGCCGCCAUCACGGCGAUGUGCAUACAGACGAAGGCGGACUACCGGCCGCUGAUGACGGACGUGGUGCAGUCGCUGAUCCCCAUCGUGAAGAGCCCACUCAUGUCCUGCACCUCCACGCCGCUGAGGCCCGCGCACGGGCACCACCACGUCGUCUACAUGAGCCCGAGCAGGGGCUCUUCCAACGGCGGUGCCCUGGAAACGCGAUGCGUCAUGCACGGCUUGGAUUGAUUAGCCAUAUGCAUCUCGAUCAGCUGCAGAUAUAUAAUGCUAGCUCCUAUGUAUUACUACGUCUCGAUCGUCGAUCGCUUGCUUGGAGUACUUUGAGCCAGGCAGAUGGGGAAGAAGAGAUGGAUGGUCAGCUUGUCAAGCUGCUCGAUCGGAGGGAGAUUGCUGGCACUACUCCCAGCUGUGUAUAGAACGGUACCAGUACCACUUCACCAAGCUCAUCACGGCUUGCUUGCAAGACAUCCUUGCAAAUGCAAUUGCAGAUUUGCUGUAGCAGUACAUCAUCACGUGCGUACGAUUGUACUAUUUAUUAGGGACAGUUGUACGACGAUUCCUUGUUCUUUUGUACGAAAUCAUAUAUAUUCAUAUAUUCCUGUAUAAGAUAGUAAUUAAGAUGGAAAAAAUACAAUAAAUGGAUCAUCCUUUUUCAGGAGCAGCUGUGUAAUUAAAAGAGUUGUUGAGUGUU